AUUUCUACGUUGAAAAACUGGGAUGAAAAUGCAGUUUACCAUAUUUUCUAUAAAUAUUUGUUUAUUUUAUAGAUUAGUUUGAAGAGAAAACAGGAAUUGAAUAUUGUUGGGAACCAACUGAAUACCAUCCCACCAUUAAUGCCUGUUUGAUCAGUUAUUACCCAAACUAAACUAUCAAGGGUUUUCGCCUUGAUGAAACGAAAACCCAAAUUUCUCAAUCAAUCUUCUUUUUUUGGUUAAUUUUAUUGAUUAAUUAACCAAAUAGCUAACCCUCUCUCUCUUUCUCUGUUUCUGAUUUUCAAUGGCUGAUCAUGGAUCAGAGACGUCACCUUUAAUCCCCCCCUCUCCGAUCACCGAACCCACCGAGAUCGACCUUGAAGCCGGUCCCGGAGAGCAAAUUCAGUGCCGUAUUUGCCUAGAAACUGACGGUAGGGAUUUUAUUGCACCUUGCAAGUGCAAAGGAACGGUUAAGUAUGUACAUCGUGAAUGCCUGGAUCAGUGGCGAGCAGUGAAGGAAGGGUUUGCAUUUGCUCAUUGCACAACCUGCAAGGCUCCUUACCAUUUGAGAGUUCACGUUGCUGCUGAUAGGAAAUGGCGAACUCUGAAAUUUCGAUUCUUUGUGACUAGAGACAUUGUGUUUAUAUUUCUGGCUGUUCAGCUCGUAAUUGCUUCACUAGCAUAUUUGGUGUACCUAAUUGACACUUAUCAAAAGUCUUGGCUUCGUCUCGCAUGGGGCUUUGAUAGUGAGCUUAGUUUCUACUACAUAUGUGGAGCACUAUUAUUCUUUGCUUUGCUGGGGCUGUCCGGGUGCUUCAUAACUUGCUAUGAUCGAAGAGUACGCAAUGAUUUGGCUCAGCCUUGUCGGGAGUUAUGUCUUUGUUGCUGCCAGCCUGGAGUGUGUGCAGACUGUCAUUUACCUGGCACUCUUUGUAUCUGGACAGACUGUACUACAUGCUUUGAGAGCUGUGCAAGCACAGCUGGUGAAUGUGGUUGCUUAGGAGGUGCUGGUGAAGCAGGGUUACCACUACUGUUUAUAAUGGCUUUGAUAGUGCUUGGACUAUUUACUGUGAUUGGCAUAUUCUACAGCGUGUUGGUGGCCACAAUGGUUGGACAACGAAUUUGGCAGCGGCAUUAUCAUAUACUUGCAAAAAGGAUGCUAACAAAAGAAUAUGUUGUUGAGGAUGUUGAUGGUGAAAUGACGGGAUCGGACUGGUCUCCUCCACCACUACCAACUGAGCAUGUUCAGCAGCUGAAAAAUCUGGGUCUUCUCUGAGUUGAAGGGGGUGAUAUAUUGUUCACAGGAGACACAGACUGACUCUGUUUUGGUAUGUCAGUCUAUAUUGUGGCCUUUGAAAUCUAUCAACAGCAACAUGUUAGGCAGUUACAAGGUAAGAGACAGCGAAGGCACUUUGAUGGCUCAGCUGCAUAUAUAAAUUUGGGAAUGAUGAUUUGUAAAAAUUGCCUGGUAUUGUUACAAACCUUCCAUCAAUUAAGACAACCUGAACAGGCCACCCUGAAAUGGCUAACAAAAGACUUGAUCGUAUAUUUCAUGCCUGUGAUCAAUUGAAGAGAACAUUUUCAUGUGUUCAUUGGCUUUCUUCAAAAAGCGUGGUGCGCUUGAGAUUGUAAUUAAUUACCGCCGGAAAAUGUAUCAUUCUGCAUCAGCUAUAUUUCUGGCAUAUACCGUUUACCAUUUACCAGAGAACUUGGCUUUGAAGUUGACGUCCUGAAAAAUACUGAAUUAUGUAUUUCAUUUUGUUGACUGUAAAGAAAUAUAUCUGUUUCUACAUGAAACUGCUGGUUAUCGGUAA